UGUUUAUUUCACUUGCUGUGGCAAUUUAAACAGAUGCCAAUAAAGCUCCUUUGCAUUGAAUUAGAGAGAGAGAGAGAGAGAGAGAGAGAGAGAGAGAGAGAGAGAGAGCAGUGGCAGUGAGGAGAGAUCGCUAUCAGCUGAAUUGAUUGCAGUAAACGUCUCCCAAGGGUUUCAAGGGGAAAAGGCAAUUCUUGCAUUAGCAAUAAACUAUCCGAUGUUAGUCACUGUGACUGGGAGAUCGGACCGCUUUAUUGGGAAAAGCGCUCUGCCGCUGCAUUCGGGUGUACACGGGGAAGGGGUGGGUGCCAAAAGUCCCCGGUUCUUCGCCUAAUGUAAUCAUUUAAUCUUUUGAAGGCAACACGGAACUCGAGGGCGCCUCUGAACCAGCCCAAGAGGCAAAGGACUGCUGCUGGGGCAUCGUACUGCGGAUAAACUGAAUCGUUGCCUGGACCCGGACCCAAGUGGACAGCAUGCCCCCCGCAACACCACCCACCUUCGGGGACUCUCGGACAGAGUCACUAGGACUACGGAGUACACCCGUCAAGAUGUGGAAUCGCAGCGUUGCCUGAAAUUGUAAACGCCUGCGCUAGGUGUCAUUUACUGGGGGAUCUGACCAGGGAUAGUUCACCAUGCUCAAUGGAUAUACAGUAAAACGGCUUUCAGCAUCUCCGAAAAAGGCCUCUGGAUCCAAAUUUCAAGUCCAACGGAGGCUGCAUCAGUCUGUGCCCAGCCUUGUGUGAAGCAAAAGAGAGAAACAGCAAGAGAGAGACUGAAAGAGAGGAAGAGAAGGAGGAGGGAGGGCUCUCCAAUGAUAACCCUGAGUGUACGUUACACGGCUCUCUGGUAGCCACCAUUUUAAAUUGGCCCUCACAGUGCUCCGCAGCGGCUGACUGAGAGUGAAAAUGUGAUGAGCUUUUCUGUCGUCCCCAUAGCGAGCGAGCGUGGAUGGAGGCCGGCGAAGGAGGCGCAUUGCUUAAUGAGACCAUUGCUCUUGUGUUGGGAGGCUUAGGACAGGCAAUUACUGAGGGAUUACCACCAGAGGCCUCCUCCAGCAGUGCUGCUGCCGCUCCACCACUGCUGACUGCUGGGGCAGGGAACUAAGCAGACACAGCUUGUUACAGAACAUUUUUUUCCUCUUUGGAUUUUUAUUGUUUUUGUUCCUUUUUUUGUUGUGGUGGUUGUUGGUUGGAAUUUGUCAUUUUUCUCACGACAAAUCGUCUGUAUGUCAUAUUGUUAAUAAUGGAGCUCCAUCAGUCAGGGCGUGUGUGGAAUAAGGACUGGGUCUCUUUCCUCAGGCCGUGGAUACCCAUACUGCUGGGCCUGCACAUGCAGUUCUCCCGGGCGUCCGGGUCCAGCUGCCCAGAGGAGUGCCGCUGUGACAGGACCUUUGUUUACUGCAAUGAGAGAAGCCUGACCUCGGUGCCUCUAGGGAUCGGAGAGGGCUACAAGACCCUCUACCUCCACAACAACCAGAUAAACAAUGCCGGAUUCCCCUUGGAGUUUCACCACAUAGCCUCCGUGGAGAAUGUCUAUCUCUACGGCAACCAGCUUGACGAGUUCCCCAUCAACCUGCCCAAGAAUGUUCGGGUGCUGCACCUGCAGGAGAACAAUAUUCAGACCAUUUCCCGGACCGCACUGGCCCAGCUGCUGUGGCUGGAAGAGCUACAUCUAGACGAUAACUCCAUCUCCACGGUUGGGGUGGAAGAAGGGGCGUUCAGAGAGGCAAUCAGCCUCAAGAUGCUCUUCCUUACAAAGAAUCACCUGAGCAGCGUCCCUAUUGGUCUACCGGAAGAUCUCAAAGAGCUGCGAUUGGACGAGAACCGGAUCGCGGUUAUCGCAGAGGAGGCGUUCAGGAAUGUGACAAGGUUAGAACGCCUCCUGCUGGAUGGGAACCUGCUGACAGACGAGGGUGUGGCACCUGGAACCUUCCAGGACCUGGUAAUGCUCAGGGAGCUGUCUCUGGCGCGGAACUCCCUCACCUACCCACCCCCCCUGCUCCCGGGGGACGUUCUGGUGAAGCUGAACUUUCAGGAUAAUCAGAUGAAUGAGAUCCCUGUGACGUCUUUCGAGGGACUGAGAAGGCUAGAGAGACUGGAUAUUUCCAACAACCAGCUGCAGUCCCUGACACAGGGGGUCUUUGACGGCCUCGUCAGCCUCAGACAGCUCACUGUUCGGAACAACCUUUGGCUGUGUGACUGCAGCAUUAACUGGGUCAUACUGUGGUUAAAGUCCCUGCCAACCUCCCUCAACGUGCGCGGCUUCAUGUGCCAGAAACCUGAGAGGGUCCGUGGCAUGGUAAUCAGAGAGCUGAACACUGAGCUGAUCCAGUGCCCUCACAGCACCACAACUGCCCCGCCGCCCAUCAACCUGCCCCCCACCUCACCAGGCCUGACCUCCCGCUCCCAUCCCUCCUCGACAAACUCCCCAUCAGACAUGCACUCCCUCUCUCCCCCCUCCAAGCUCCCCUCCUCACCCACACAUCACCCCCCUCUCCUCUCCUCUUCCCCUCCCAGAGACGGGGAACAGAGGACUAACCUGCCACCCCUGGACCCAGAGCGGGAGAACCUGCAAAUCAAGUUCACCAUACUCAACGGUUCAGCCAUCCACGUCAGCUGGGUGGCUUCCUUCCCUGUCACAGCCUACAAGGUCACCUGGGCCAAGAUGGGUCCCAGCCUGUCUGGAGACACGGUCCGGGAUAGGAUGGUGGGAGGGGAGCACCGGGGCAUACGGUUGGCCAACCUCGAGCCUAAAUCCACCUACCGAAUCUGUGUCAUCCCCUUAGACGUGUUCAAUAACUACCGGCCCAAGGAUGAUACAGUGUGUUCAGAGGCUGUGACUAAGCCGGUCUCCUAUGGUCCAGAUAAUAAUAAAGGCCCAUUGUGGCCGGAGCAGGCCACCCAGCAGGACCCCAGCUCUCCCUUCCUCCUGGCUGGCCUCAUUGGAGGCGCUGUGAUUGUUGUCCUGGUGCUUCUCCUCAGCAUAUUCUGCUGGCACAUGCACAAGAAGGACCGGUCGUCCUCGACCAAUUGGAAAUACAACAAGGGCAGGAGAAAAGAUGACUAUGGAGAGGCAGGAACCAAAAAGGAUAACUCUAUACUGGAAAUGACUGAGACCAGCUUCCAGAUAGUGUCCCUGAACAACGAGCAGCUCCUGAAGGGAGACUACCGCAUACAGCCCAUGUAUACCCCUAAUGGGGGCAUAGGCUUCAGAGACUUCCCUGUGGGGAACAAUAGCACAGUAUAUUGCAAGAACAAUGUUCAAGCAGACACAGACUUUUGCCGUGCAUGAUGGUUUUGCACAACAGAGUGUUAUAGAACCCCCUUUGUAUUAACACAUACACUUAACUACAUACAGUACCCUGUACAGUAUAUAUUUCAUAGACCCCUGUGUCUACAAUGUAAUUUAUACACCAGCUGGACUAUAAUGUUGAAUUCAGCUACCUUUUAUAUUCCCUUAGUUAAAAUGCUAAUUGAUUUAUAAGUUAUUGGUUUCUUGAAGUUGUGUUACUCAGUUCUGUGCAGACAGAUUUGUCCAAUCAGAGUUCUCUCAUCAUUUUAUAUAAAGUUUGGUUCUGAUUUGAGCUCCAUAAUCGCUGGGCCAUUUUAUAUUCAGUUUGGUUCUGAUUUGAGCUCCAUAACCGCUGGGCCAUUUUAUAUUCAGUUUGGUUCUGAUUUGAGCUCCAUAACCGCUGGGCCAUUUUAUAUUCAGUUUGGUUCUGAUUUGAGCUCCAUAACCACUGGGCCAUUUUGAAGUCGUGUGAUAGCCAGACAGUGUACUCAUUGCUAAAAAAUUUGCCUCACCAGUGAUGAAUCUAACAAGCACAGUGUCCAUAACAGAUAUGGCUAUCCCAUGUUUUGGCAAUGGGAAUUGAAAUAAUUUGGGGUUAUGUAAACUAGACUUGCUGUGUCAACUCAAUGUGACAGAGAGAACCAAUAUAAAACCAGCCAUUCAGGAAAUUAUAUUUGGAGAGAAAUCUUUUCUCACGGUAAGGAUUUGAGAGAGAGAGGAUGAGAGGGACAGAGGGAAGGAGGGAGGGAGUGAGAAAGAGAGAGAGAGAGAAAUAGGGAGAGUGAGACGGGGUGGAGAGAGAGAGAGAGAGAGAGGGAGAGAGAGAGAGGGAGAGAGAGAGAGCGAGGGGGAGAGAGAGAGAGAGAGAGCGAGGGGGAGAGAGAGAGAGAGAGAGAGAGUGAGCAGAAUCUGUGCUUUCAAAUAUACCACAAGAGGGCAGAGUUGUUCAUUAUGGUCAAUUAGUCAUAACAUUAAUUUCUUGGACAUUGCUUAGUACUGAACAGAGAUUCUACCGAUGUUGUCCUGAUGCAGUGAGUGACAUCUCUCUCAUCUUCACAUAUCACAACAACAACAACAAAAAACAGAGAGAUCUGUUGGUCUAAAAGCUGCACGGACUCCUUGGUUUGGAGUGCUGAUCUAGGAUCAGUUUAGCCUUUUAGAUCAUAUUGAAUAAGAAUUCAAUGGACAGGAGGGACCUGAUUCUAGUUCACCUCUCCUACUCUGGAAUGCUUUACGAAUACUAGCCCUGAUCCAAGUAUUUCUCUCAAUAACAACCCACUCCUAUGUUAUUGGCCACUGGUCACUUACCACAACUUGGAUAUAGAGUUUAUGAAACAGUAGAAGUAAUCAAGCUUUGUUGAACCUUUUGAUUGUUUCCAAAGCUGUUGAAAGAUUAUUUUUUUUAUGGACUUGACUCAUGCACAAGUCAUACGUUUGCGUCUUACGCUUUCCUUUAAGUAGAAUUACAGCGUAAGGAAAAUGUUUGUUAUAGAUGAGAAUGAAAGAUGGGUGUUAAACACAUAGCAGAGUUAACUGGAACAAGCAUGUCUGUCCAGAAAGAUGGAAAGCAACUUUUUCAGUUUUUGUUCAACAAAAAAUGAUGUUAUGGUAUUACAUUAUAUGUGCCUUGAAAUGAUCCGCUCAUAAUGUAAUGUCUUUUGAAUCCAUGUUUUUGCACAAACGUGUACUGUACUGUAUAUACAUACAAUUGACAUUGAAUUGUUGUUGAAAAAAACAA